AUGAACAAACCGCAAUUGAAACCCGAACAGCACAAGAAAUAUUUUCGCCGCUCAUUGGAUCUGUUGCCCGGUGAGGUAGCCGUGUUUGAUUAUUCACGUCUAACCAUAUUGUAUUUUGCUCUCAUCGGUUUGGAUAUAUUGGACGGCUUAGAUUCACUCACUGAUGACCGUAAGAAGGACAUUGUUGAGUGGGUGUACAGGUUGCAGUUGGUACCCAAUGAAUAUUGUUCUGUGCACAAAUGUGGUUUCAUGGGUUCCACCACCGUCAUUCAUUUGAAGAAUCAUCCAGGCUGUGAAAAGUAUUGCGAAAGCAACGUUGCUAUGACGUACAUGGCAUUGUGUAUUCUGAUAACAUUGGGUGACAAUCUGAGCCGUGUCAAUAAAUCGGCCGUACUUCGAGGUGUAGCAUCUCUGCAGAAAUCUGAUGGCAGUUUCAAAAGCAACUACGAACAUGGUGAGAGUGAUUUGAGAUUUGUGUACUGUUCACUUGCAAUAUGUAACAUAUUGAACGAUUCAUCGAAUAUCAAUGUAAAUAAUGUCAUUAAAUUCAUUUCAAAUUGUCUGAACUAUGAUGGAGCGUUUGGACAAAACCCAGGAACUGAAUCGCAUGGUGGUUCUACUUAUUGUGCAAUUGCGUCAUUAUCUCUACUAAAUAAAUUAAAUCUUGUGUUAGAUGAAAACAAAUCUAGAAUAUUAGAACGCUGGGCAGUAAAUCGACAAACCAAUGGCGGUUUCCAAGGAAGACCUAAUAAAGAUCCAGACACUUGCUAUUCCUUCUGGUUGGGUGCUACACUCAGUAUUAUGGGAUCACUUAAUAGAAUAAACAAAGAGAGGAAUAGAGAUUUUGUUCUAAAUAAUGCAAAUUUAUUGACUGGUGGGUUUAGUAAAAACAUGGACUCUAUACCAGAUCCAAUGCACACCUGCUUAAGCUUGUGUGGAUUAAGUUUGAUUGGAGAAGAAAACCUAAACCCUAUUAAUCCAGCAUUAAAUAUUACCGUGAGGGCGGCUAAUUAUUUAAAACAAAUUCAAGGAGAUCAUACAUUACCAAACAAAAAUAUACCCAAUACAGAUACUGAUUGUUAA